CAUUUCAUACACCCAAAGCAUUAAAUAUUAGACGUGGAUUCGUUCAUUGCAUACCAGUCAGUAAAAUACAAGUUGUCGGUCGAUUUUUGUGUUCUCAUCACUCAAAUAAUUUGCAGUAUUUCUUGUUAUCGUUAAAAGACAAAUAAAUUUAACAAAAUGCCAGCCCCAGCAAGUUCAACAUCGGUCGGUAGUGGAACACGUUCACCAAGCAAAUUGGCAAGUCCACGUUCAAGUGCCGGCGGCAGUAAUUUGAAACAGCGCAAAACAACAACCACAACAGCUGCCCGUAAUCGUACCACCGGCACUGGAUCAGGCGGUAUGUGGCGUUUCUACACAGACGAUUCACCAGGCUACAAAGUUGGACCAGUUCCAGUGUUAGUUAUGUCGUUGCUGUUCAUUGCAUCUGUAUUUAUGUUACACAUCUGGGGCAAAUACACCCGCUCAUAAGUUCAAUCACUAAAAAUUCAUUUCAAUAUAUUUAUAUAUAAAAGAAAAGGCAAAUAAAUUUUCUACGAAAAAUCUCCAACCCAUA